UUGGCCCCAGGGGCGCUUCUGGGAAGCUACGGCCCGUAAGCCUGCCGGGUGCGGCCUUUUCCAUCUGGCCUGAUAGUUCUGGGUAUUCACGUGUGCCCUCCGACUGAUUUAUUCUCCAAGCCGUGUAGUCGGGGUUGAUCCUCUGAGCCCCUAGCCGCGCGGGUCACACGGCUUGAAAGGAAGUGACGGGGGCGGCGCGGGGCCCGGACACUCCCCGCGGAGAGCCCGCCUGCCAUGGAUUCGGAAUAUUACAGCGGCGACCAGUCAGAUGAUGGUGGCGCUACCCCAGUACAGGAUGAACGGGAUUCAGGAUCAGAUGUUGAGGAUGAUGUAAAUGAGCAGCCCUCUGGAUCAGACACUGGAAGUGUAGAACGUCAUUCAGAGAAUGAACCUAGUGAUAGAGAAGAUGUCCUCAACAAAAGGCAUCAUGUGACAGACUCUGACAAUGAUGACCCCUCAAAUCUUAAUGCUAGUGACUCUGAGAGUGAGGAGCUUCAUAGGCAAAAGGACAGUGAAUCUGAAUCUGAAGAGCAUGUAGAGCCUCCUGCAAGUGAUUCUGAAAACGAGGAUGUCAAUCACCAUGGGAGUGACUCUGAGAGUGAGGAACCCAGGAAAUUACCUGUCAGUGACUCUGAAAAUGAGGAACUUCUUAAUGGGCAUGCAAGUGACUCUGAAAAUGAAGAUGUUAGAAAGCAUCCUGCCAGUGAUUCAGAGAUUGAAGAGCUCCCCAAAAGUCCUGCUAGUGACUCUGAAACAGAGGAUACUCUCAAACCUCGAAUCAGUGAUUCUGAGAGUGAGGAUGCUCCAAGGCACCAAGCCAGUGACUCUGAAAAUGAAGAGCUUCCCAAACCUCGAAUUAGUGAUUCUGAAAGUGAGGAGCUUCCCAAGCCCCGUAUCAGUGACUCAGAAAGUGAAGAUCCACAAAGGCACCAAGCCAGUGACUCAGAAAAUGAGGAACUUUCCAAGCCUCGUAUCAGUGAUUCAGAAAGUGAGGAUCCCCCAAGGCAUCAGCCUAGUGACUCAGAAAAUGAAGAGCUUGACAAACCCCGUAUCAGUGAUUCAGAAAGCGAGGAUCCCCCAAGGCACCAAGCCAGUGACUCUGAAAAUGAGGAGCUUCCCAAACCUCGGGUUAGUGAUUCGGAAAGUGAGGAUCCCCCAAGGAACCAGGCCACUGAUUCUGAAAAUGAAGAGCUUCCAAAACCCCGAGUCAGCGACUCUGAGAGUGAGGAGCCUCAGAAGGAACCUGCCAGUGAUUCAGAAACUGAGAAUACCUCUAGACACAAAGAGAAACAGGAGUCAGAUGACAGUGAUGGGGAGAAUAAGGGAGAGGAUGCAGAAAUGCAGAAUGAUUCCUUUCAUACAGAUACCCACAUAGACAGGAAGAGAUUUCACAGUUCUGACAGUGAAGAGGAAGAACCCAAAAGGCCAAAAAUUGAUAGUGAUGAAGAUGAAAAAGAAGAAGAGAAAGCAAAGCGAAAAGCUGCAGUACUUUCUGAUAGUGAAGAUGAGAAAGCAUCAGCAAAGAAGAGUCGUGUUGUCUCUGAUGCAGAUGACUCUGACAGUGAUGUUACAUCAGACAAAUCAGGCAAAAGAGAGAAGACUGUGGCUUCUGACAGUGAAGAAGAAGCAGGGAAAGAAGAGUUGUCUGAUAAGAAAAAUGAAGAGAAGGAUCUGUUUGGGAGUGAUAGUGAGUCCGGGAAUGAAGAAGAAAAUCUUAUUGCAGACAUAUUUGGAGAAUCUGGUGAUGAAGAGGAAGAAGAAUUUACAGGUUUUAACCAAGAAGAUUUGGAAGAAGAGAAAAGUGAAACACAGGUAAAAGAAGCAGAAGACUCAGAUUCUGAUGAUAACAUAAAAAGAGGGAAACAUAUGGACUUUCUGUCAGAUUUUGAGAUGAUGUUACAGCGGAAAAAGAGCAUGAGUGGUAAGCGCAGACGCAACCGUGAUGGUGGCACUUUCAUUAGUGAUGCGGAUGAUGUUGUGAGCGCCAUGAUUGUCAAAAUGAAUGAAGCUGCUGAGGAAGACAGACAGUUGAAUAAUCAAAAAAAACCAGCACUAAAAAAAUUAACAUUGUUACCUACUGUGGUCAUGCAUCUUAAGAAGCAAGACUUAAAAGAAACAUUUAUUGACAGUGGUGUGAUGUCUGCCAUCAAAGAAUGGCUCUCACCUCUACCAGAUAGGAGUUUGCCAGCAUUAAAGAUUCGAGAGGAGCUGUUGAAGAUCCUACAAGAGCUACCUAGUGUGAGCCAGGAGACCCUGAAACAUAGUGGGAUUGGACGAGCAGUGAUGUAUCUCUAUAAACAUCCCAAGGAAUCAAGGUCUAACAAGGACAUGGCAGGGAAAUUAAUCAAUGAAUGGUCUCGCCCUAUAUUUGGUCUUACUUCAAACUACAAAGGAAUGACAAGAGAAGAAAGGGAACAGAGAGAUCUAGAACAAAUGCCUCAAAGACGAAGAAUGAACAGUACUGGUGGUCAGACUCCCCGGAGAGACCUUGAGAAGGUGCUGACAGGAGAGGAGAAGGCACUUCGACCUGGAGAUCCUGGAUUCUGUGCCCGGGCAAGGGUCCCGAUGCCCUCAAACAAGGACUAUGUUGUCAGGCCCAAGUGGAAUGUGGAAAUGGAGUCAUCCAGGUUUCAGGGGACCUCCAAGAAGGGCAUCAGUCGACUGGAUAAACAGAUGAGAAAGUUCACAGAUAUCAGGAAAAAAAGCAGAUCUGCACACGCAGUGAAAAUCAGCAUCGAGGGCAAUAAAAUGCCAUUGUGACCUUGCCUGGGUUAUGUCCCUGUCUCUCAGAAAUGCGCAUUGGACUCUGGAGAAAGAAGAUAUUUUAAAAAAUUUUUAGUGUAUCUGUAAAUGUUUAUGCUUGUAUCAAAUGUUGUCAUAGGAUUUGGAUUUCUCUCAGUUGUAUUUAAAACCGUUUGAUGUGUACUUUGUACAGAAGAAUACCAGUCAUACUUCUAUAAACUUUACACAAUAAAAUUCCAUUCUGGUUUUGG